CUGCCUCCCCCAUCAGCUGACAUGUGUAAAUGCCUUUGGUUGCCAGGAAGUGCGUGACUGUGCGCACAGGCAAGGAAAUGAAAGGACUUUAAAUCUCUUCUGAAAAUAACAAAAGAGAAUGUUUUCGCCGCAGAGUGUCCGCUAGCGGGACAGGUCGUCGGCAUCGCCGGGGAAUUAGAUAACAAUUCGUGCUUGUUUGACUGUGUUCGCGGAUAUUUCGUGAGUAAAAAGCGGCCUGGAAAAGAAAGACGAAAAAUAAAAAGGGGGAGGGAGACACCGUCUUCAAAGUCGGGGCUUCGCCUUUACUUUCGUCUGCAGCUAGUUGUCAUUUACCGAGUGUACUUAGUCACUUUAGACAGUCUGGAGAGUUUAGACAUUCGAGUACUUCUUUCUGAAGUAAAGUCGGAUUUUAAAAAAUCCAGUCGAUUUUUACUAAUCAAGGCUAGAAUACACAAAGUUAACUAGUCUUCUCGUUAACAACUUUCUAGAUUUCUCCUUAAGGCAAACUCGCUUGCGGUUUAACAGCUGGAUAACUCCGUUAACUAGUCUUCUGUUAAAAACAUCACCGUUGUUUUACGGCGCCGUGACGCCCGACGUUGUUUAAUGUGGACUUGCCCAGUAGCGGGUUAAACUCGCAUAUUCAGCUCACCGCUUAACCGGUUAACGCCUUGCUGCGCCUGGCCUGUGCUGCUCGGCCCUUGGAGAUGGAGGACCGGGCCAAGGCGCAGCCCUGGGGGAGGCUGGUGAAGCUGGACCCGGGUGCGGGCUCAGAAGUGCUGCUGGUCAACAAGGAGUGCACGGUGGGAAGAAGAAGGGGGUGCGAUCUCUCCUUUCCUGCAAAUAAACUGGUCUCAGGGGAUCACUGUAAAAUAGUGCAAGAUGAACACUCAGGUGAAGUCUGGUUGGAGGACAUGAGCACCAACGGCACUGUGAUCAACAUGUCCAAACUGGUUAAGAAGCAGGUGCACCCUUUGCAGAGCGGUGACGUGAUCUACUUUGUGUACAGGAAAAAUGACCCAGAGCAAAACAUAGCAUACGUCUACCAUUCUAUUCCUCUGCAGUCGGCGGCUCUGCGAUAUGCCACAGCAUCCCCUGAGCAGACAAGGGCAACUCAAGAUGAGCCACAGCCCUCCACCUCCAGCUCACAUGUGUUCUGCACCUCCACUCCAGCAGCCUGUCCCGCUGAAGCUGGUCACGGUUCUGAGACGUCUCUCGCAUCCCAUGAUGCCCCGGGGCCAGAACGCGUAGACACAAGAGUGAAGCCUCCGUGUACAAGAGAUGUCCGAAAGACGGAGGCUGGGGAUGAUGAGACAGAACCAGAGAGGAAAAGGAGAAAAACUGAAAAGGAUUAUGAGUUUGACCUGCCUGACACGGAGUCCACUGAGGCUGAGGGCCCCCAUAAGGGGCCCGUGGAGGCCCCUGUGCGGAAGGGAGCUGCAGAGGGGUCAAAGGUUGACAAGAUGGAGGAAUCACUGACCUGUAUCAUCUGCCAGGACCUGCUGUAUGACUGUGUGAGCCUCCAGCCCUGCAUGCACACCUUCUGCGCGGCCUGCUACUCCAGCUGGAUGGAACGCUCCUCCCUGUGUCCUACCUGCCGCUGCCCCGUGGAGAGGAUCCGCAAGAACCACAUCCUUAACAACCUGGUGGAGGCGUACCUGCUGCAGCACCCAGAGAAAAGCCGCAGCGAGGAAGAUCUGAAGAACAUGGACAUGCGCAACAAGAUCACUGAGGACAUGGUGCAGCCCAAACUCGAGCGGUCCCUGUCCGACGAGGAAGGCAGCUCUGACUACCUGUUUGAGCUCUCUGACAACGACAGCGAUACCUCUGACAUCAGCCAGCCCUUCGUCAUGUGCAGGCAGUGUCCCGGCUACAGGAAGGAUGGCGUCCAUGGGGCCUCGGUCUCUGGAGUGACGCGGGGCGAGCAGUUCGCUAAGCCUUUAGGGGAGGGACCCUCCACAUCCGCCAGUACCCCUUCAGCUCUUCAGGAAUACACAUGCCCUCUCCAGGGCAGUCAUGUGAUUUGCACGUGCUGCUUACAGCCCAUGCCAGACCGCCGUGGUGAACUGGCCAACCACCCCUUAUUCACGCAGCAGUGCGCCACGUGUCACCUGCCGUUCUGCCACAUGUACUGGGGGUGCCAGCGGACCGGAUGUCAGGGCUGCCUGGCGCCAUUCAGCGAACUCAACCUCACAGAAAAAUGCCUUGAUGGAGUGCUCAACAGCAAUAAUUACGAGUCCGAUAUCCUUCAGAAUUACCUGGCUUCCAGAGGCAUGUCCUGGAAGGAGAUGCUCCAGGACAGUCUGCAGGCCCUUCAGCAGGGUACCUUCCACCUAUCAGACUAUCGCAUUACUGCCAACACCGUCCUGUGCCACUGUUGUGGCCUGAGAGCCUUCAAGGAACUGGCCUACAAGUACAGGCAGAACAUCCCAGCCUCCGAGCUUCCAGCGGCUGUAACAUCUCGUCCUGACUGCUACUGGGGACGCAACUGUCGCACACAGGUGAAGGCCCACCAUGCUAUGAAGUUCAACCACAUUUGUGAGCAGACGCGUUUUAAGAAUUGAAGAGCCCCUCGUCGCUUCCCCCUGGAGAGAGAGAGAGAGAGAGAGAGAGAGAGAGGAGGCUCUCUUGGUGUGUCCGAGUGCCUUUUUGGGUGAUGGUGCCUAUGCUGGAGCCCUCGGGUUUAGCAGAGACACCCCAGGACAAAAAGAGUAACUUUCAGGAAGCCCAAGUCAUUACAAUCUCAUGCCAUUUUGCCUGUCAACAUUGCAAAUGGACAAAAAGGCAUUGGUGUGAAUAGCCUCAUUAAUGUAGUCUUUGUGUAAGGCCUGUGGGAAUCCCCCAGAGGGCCUUCCGUCUGUGAUGUCAGCGGGGUUCCUCUAUCCCCGCCCACACACUUAGUGUGCUCAUCAGGUCACGCUCUCUGUCAUUGUUCCUCAUGUUGCUCCUAUGGUGUUUUCGCAACUUUCUCAGUGUUACAGCAUAAUUGCUUGAGUCUCCCUAUCUAUGCGUGUUCAUUUCUCAGCAGUGCCAGGCUCCAGGUGGCUGGUGCGCCUGUCAUUAGCGGUUAGCUUUUCUCUCUGCGUUUCUGAAUAGAGAGCUGAUACAGUGUAGGAAUUCCUCCAUGCGUUCCCUUAGGGGGGGCGUCUUACUGACACAAAGCUGCCGAGUAUUUGUCCCAGUGUUAAGAAAUGUAGUGGCAGAGAGUGUACAGGGCCUCCCUCCUGUUAGUGAGUGAUGGCGUUAGCGCCUGGCUAGCCCUGAUUUUAUUUCAGUUUUUAUCCUGUACCAAGUCAGGUUAAAGCCUGGCAUCAGAGCUCCCUGUUUCUGUGGCGACUCGUAUUUAUUUAUGGGGGAGAAGCGGUGGACACUCAUGCAUAUUAGAUAUGCUGUGAUGCUAUUCACAUCUGACACUGCGAUUUACACUGGGCAGCAACAGCGGGUAGCUUAGAGCAGUGAUCACUCAUGGAGGAGGGGGGGGGGGGGUAGCCAUCUUGGUUCCUGCUUUGCUUAGAGAUAAUCAGCCUUAUUAUCGUAGUUCAUUAGCCCCGAUUCGGUGGCUCUGUGAAACAGCAAGCCGAUCCACUUAGUUGUGGUCCUUAAUGGCUCAUAGACAUGCCCACGGUAACCGACUUGGUCAUGUGAUUAGUGUUACGGGCAGCGUGCAGGGGGUGUGCUGUGCUACACCCCCAUGAAGAGAGCCCUGUGAACAGAGAAUGCGGCAUGCCCAUAUGGUGG